AUGGCCAAUAAGCGCAUCGACAAAAUUGCGAACUUCGAUGCUUUCGUCAACCUCGAAGUGCUCUGGAUCAAUGACAACCAGAUUCAGGAACUUGACGCACUGGAUGGUUGCUGCCGUCUCAAGCAGCUCUUCGCUCACAGCAAUUGCAUCCGCUCGCUUGAAGGUUCUUCACUGCCACACUUUAAAUUUCUACUGGAACUCCGGUUGUAUGGCAACAAACUCAAAGACUUGCGAGGUACAUUGCGAGUUCUGAGCCGGUUGUCCCACUUGCGAGACCUCGAUCUAUUCGGCAACCCCGUCGUGGAAGAGGAGAACUAUCGCUUGCAAGUGAUUCGAGCCAUCCCGUCACUGGACGUUCUGGAUCGACAUGUCAUCACGGAUGACGAACGCGCGAGAGCAGCCAGACUGCAACUUCGUUUUGGUGAAGAUAGGGAUGAACACAGCGGUACCAACCAGCAUGGAGGCCAGAAGAGCAAAAAACAAUCAUUCAGUAGAGCUGGAGCACCAUCACAGGCUUUAUCGGGGACAGUUAAGAUGCUCUUCAAGGAGGUCGCGGCUAUCAAGAGAGAGCAACAUCAGAAGGAAGCUCGGGAGGCAGCCGAACGAGAGUUGCGGGAGCCUAGUCGAGAUAGUGGAACACUAUCCACGACGUCAGGAUUCAGGUCGCGUGUCAACAAUAAUAAAGAGGACAAUAGCCUUUCAGGUUUGGGUGACUGGGAAGUCACAGCACUGAAGAAACAUUUCCAAUCGCUUGAAGAAGUGAAGAACGGCUCUUUGAGUCGAAGCAGCUUUGUUGUGAACUGCUGGAUCCUCAAGAGUUGCGACAGCAAUCCGCCGCCUGCUUUGACAAAUGUGCAGCCAUGCAACGACGGCUGCAAGCCCUCGACGCCAGCGAUCCCAAAUGUGCAGAGAGCUUCGCGUUAUCGCAGCAAGGCUACCACCUCCAAGCUUUGGCUGAUGAGGAUCGCUCGUCAAGCAGAUCCAAAUCGUCGCGAGUGCCCAGCUCAGCUGAUAUCAAAGACAACGGAGAAGCGACGUCAUUAG